AUGGACUCCAUGUCGGAUCUUUGUCGUAAACCCUCGGACUCGCAAUCCACGGCCGUCAUCGCAACGACCAUCGCAACUACGAUCACAUUGUGGUGGCUGGCUCGCUGGACGCUCUACCCGCAGCGCAAGCCCAUCAUCGCCGGCCCACUCACGACCACGAUUCCAAAGCUAUCUCGCGAAGAGUUGGCCCAGGUGCCUUACCAACCCGACCACUUCCCAGGUGCAAGAGAUGUGGUGACUCCGUAUGGCAACACCCGAGUUUACGAGUUUGGUCCUGAGGAUGGGAGAAAGGUGCUCUUCUUGCACGGCAUUUCCACGUCGUGCAUGACCCUCUCGGAUAUCGCCCAUGGCCUCGCAGCAAAGGGCUGCAGAGUGAUGCUUUACGAUCUCUUCGGUCGUGGCUACAGCGACGGCAUCGGGGAUCUCCCCUUUGACACGCGCCUCUUCACCGCGCAGAUCUUGCUCGUACUUGCGUCCUCGCCCCUGUCCUGGACCGGCACCGACGCCAUCAGCAUCGUAGGCUACUCGCUCGGCGGCGGCAUUGCCGUCAACUUCGCCGCCGCCUUCCCCCACAUGGUCGCGUCGCUCGUGCUGCUGGCGCCCGCAGGCCUGAUCCGCCCCGAGAACAUCGGCCGCGCCAGCCGCCUCGUCUUCACCUCGGGCGUGGUUCCCGAGCGCCUGCUCGAGACCCUCACCAAGCGGCGCCUGCGCACGCCCAUCGGCAACGCCGUGUCCCGGCGCCGCAUGAGUGUCGCCGAGGAUGCGGUCCUUGGCGAGAGGAAGGAGGGGUUCGUCGACGCUGCCGUGCAGGAGGCCGUUGACCCGUCCGGCAACGGCACGGCGGAGGCGCCCGUCAGCCCGAUCGAGGCCAAGAUCGCGGCCUACGUGCAUUGGAUGCUCGACGGGCACGAGGGUUUCGUCCCUGCGUUCAUGAGUACCAUCCGCUUUGCGCCUCUGAUGGGCCAGCACGAGCACUGGCGCGAGCUGGCGAAGCGGCGACCCGGCACCACUGCGAUCAUCCUCGGACGCACCGACGAGCUGAUCCAGAAGCACGACUAUGCCGAGGACGCGCUUCCCCUAGUCGGGGGCAAAGAGAACGUGUUUUGGCGGAUCGUGCCCGGCGGCCACAAUUUCCCCUUCACCAACUCCAGAGAGGCGCUGGAGGCUAUAUAUGAAUUUUGGGGAAUGUAG